AUCUCAUUGUCUCCAGCUUGCACCUCGAUCUCCAUCGAGCUAUUCAUUCUUCCAUACACACACCAUCCUGCUCUUCCUGAUCGACCAAGAAAUUGUAGUGCAUCCUAGCUAGGAGAAGAGAUCGGGGUCUGAUCGAUCUGUGAUCUAGAGCACGUAGCUGAUCGUCUGAGGCCAGGUAGUGGGGGCGAUCAUAUGGACUCCAUGGAAUCAUGCGUCCCUCCUGGCUUCAGGUUCCACCCCACCGACGAGGAGCUCGUCGGCUACUACCUCCGCAAGAAGGUAGCCUCACAGAAGAUCGACCUCGACGUCAUCCGCGACAUCGAUCUCUACCGCAUCGAGCCAUGGGAUCUCACAGAACAUUGUGGGAUCGGGUAUGAGGAGCAGAACGAUUGGUACUUCUUCAGCUUCAAGGACCGCAAGUACCCGACGGGGACGAGGACGAACAGGGCCACCAUGGCCGGGUUCUGGAAGGCGACGGGAAGGGACAAGGCAGUGCACGAGAGGAGCAGGCUCAUCGGCAUGAGAAAGACGCUUGUCUUCUACAAGGGAAGGGCUCCCAAUGGACAGAAGACCGACUGGAUCAUGCACGAGUACCGCCUCGAGACCGACGAGAACGCGCCGCCGCAGGAAGAAGGAUGGGUGGUGUGCAGGGCGUUCAAGAAGAGGACGGCCUACCCAAACCGGGGCAUGGUGGAGAGAUGGGACGCCAACUACUCCUACCACGAGGGCAAUGCCAUGGGUGGCGCGGCCGCGGCGUUCGUCAACCCGAACAUGACGGUGCAGAUGGGCAGGAGCGCGCGCUUCAAGGAGGAGGCGGAGCAGAUGGACGGCGCCGCCGCCCUCGUGCGGUACACCUCCAACCACCUCGUCGAGCUGCCGCAGCUCGAGAGCCCGUCCGCGCCGCUCCCGCGAAAGAAGGCCUCGGCCGAGCAGGAGGAGGAGGAAGACGCCGUCGACGCUGGCCGCAGGCGGCGGCCCGGAAAGACCGCCCGGGUCGACAAUGAGACCACCACGGACUGGAGGGCGCUGGACAAGUUCGUCGCGUCGCAGCUAAGCCCUGCGGAGUGCGGAGCUCUGGAGGGAAAUCCAGCGUCGUCUACCGCGGCGGCAGUCUGUGCGAGCUCACAGGCGCAGCUGGAUCACCAUGACGACGAUGACAUGGCCGCAUUGCUGUUUCUCAACAGCGACGGCAGGGAUGAAAUGGAGAGGUGGACGGGGUUGUUGAGCUCGGCCGGCACCGGCGUUGACGGCGACCUCGGGAUCUGCGUGUUUGAUAAAUGAUGAAGGGCUGUUAAUCGUAUGGGAUGCAUGCAUGAUAUAUGGUUAUAGCUGAAAGUUUUAUAUUUUGUUCUUACUUCCUUUUCUGCCUUUCUGUAUGUCCCCAAAUGUGACUGUUUGUAACUUUCUAAUUGCCUGUCCAUGUGAAAAUUCAUAAUAUGCAUGUCAACGCGAUGCGCUUGUUAUCCGAGUCACCUUUUGCUUU